AUGAUGGAAAUCUUUACUCUGAUCGGGAAGAUCAACAGUCUUUCAAAUGAAAUUGACACGAGAAAAACUGUUGAGGUUGAGCUUGAGAAGAGAAUGACCAAAACGGAGCUAAAGUUCUCUUUUGCUGAAGUCAAGUUAUCUAAGGCCAAGAAAAACUAUGCAACCUUGUCAAGCCAAGUGGAGGCAAUGAGUGAGUCUUUAGCCCACAUGGAGAGUAGGGUUGAGCGGAUCCAUUAG